UCGACAGACUGGGAAAACGUCACUCGCAGUUCCUCAGAAAUUCAUCCAAAUUCUUUGCAUAAAGUACGAAAUACUUGGUGUGAAAAGUGAAACAAUGAUCAGUUACUAGUCUGUGUGUAGGGAUGAAUUGAGAACUGCAUGGGCGACCACCACACUUGGCAGACAACAAAGACUUUUUCCGCGACGAAAUCGCUCCACCUCCGCCAUAUUUUGCUGGGCAAAAACAAUUACUCGGGCCUUUUUGCGCUGAGUGACUGAGAAGAGACUGUUGGGAGUCUGCCUGGUGUUUUGGGGUCCUCGUGGACGGGGUGUGCGAGUGAUUUGAGCCCUUGUGCGCGCUCGGGAGUCAGUGUGAAGGAGACGAUCUGGCGUGAGGAGUUUUUUUUGGGGGACAAAGAACAGGAAGCACCCAUUGAUUUUGCUGUGUGUGGCGUCGCAGAAGUCUCACGGUCUCUGGCACCAUGUCCGCCCCAACGAGCUCUGCCGUGCGCGCCCUGGCGCUGGAGUACAAGAGCCUCCAGGAGGAGCCCGUGGAGGGCUUCCGCGUGAAGCUGCUCAACGAGGACAAUCUGUUCGAGUGGGAAGUGGCAAUCUUCGGCCCCCCGGACACACUCUACCAGGGGGGCUACUUCAAAGCUCACAUGAAAUUUCCACCAGAUUAUCCAUACUCACCACCGUCUAUUAGAUUUUUAACAAAAGUCUGGCAUCCAAAUGUUUAUGAGAACGGAGAUUUGUGUAUUUCAAUCCUUCAUCCGCCAGUGGAUGAUCCCCAAAGUGGCGAAUUGCCGUGCGAAAGGUGGAAUCCAACACAAAAUGUCAGGACCAUUUUGCUUUCCGUGAUUUCACUGCUCAACGAGCCAAACACCUUCUCACCUGCAAAUGUCGAUGCGUCGGUCAUGUACAGGAGGUGGCGCGAUUCACAGGGAAAGGACAAUGAAUAUCCCAAUAUUAUCAGGCGACAAGCUCUGGCCGCGAAAGCUGAGGCGGAAAAGGAAGGCAUUGUAGUUCCAUUAACGUUAGAGGAUUACUGUAUUAAGCCGAAAUUUAAACCAACAAAUCCGGAGCCUCAGUUGGACAUGACCGAUUUCUACGAUGAUGAUUACGACUUGGAGGACACGGAGGACGAUGAGCAGCAAUCCGGGGAAUCAGAUUAUGCAGAUGGGGAUGACAGUGGCAAUGGGGAGUCGUAACACAAUUGGGUGAUUGACAGAGAUGAGAGACUUGAGGCGACAAAACUACGUCACAACGUCCACUUUUACUGUAUAAUUUUCCUCUAAGAUGUUUUAUAAUUACCAAUUUAUCCACUAUUUCUCAAAAACUCGCCGUCACCUUUCUUUCCCUCCUUUUUCUCCAUUUUUCUCUCUGUCAUUGCAAGAAUCUUCUCGAUCUAUUCUUACCAAAUUUGAACAGGGAAGAGACACAGAGUUUGAUUACUUUUCCCGUUGCAUUGGAAGCUUCAACUGAUUGAAUAAUGCCACUAAAAAAAUGCUCCUUAAUCGCAAUUUUAAAAGGAGAUGAGAAAGAUUCACUAAAUGUGAGGAGGAGUAUAAAGUAAAAAUAAAUAGCCGUGUGUGAAUAGUAGUUACAUCAUGUAUAAAUAAUAUUUUAAGUAUUUACUUAUAACUUUAUUGAUGAGCGCUGAGGAAAGAAUAUGUGAGAGAUUUUUCUUUAAUAAUGAACUAAACAGAAAAAAGAAUAUUUAGAUAAACAAAAAGGGAUGAAAAGAAAGUCAAAAUCAAUUAUUCAAACAAUAAAUUUAAGCAGAAGAAGAAAAAGGAAGAUGUGAAGAACAGGAAAACUAAACCUCUAUUUUGUAAAGAAGUCGCGUGACGUUCUGGACGAAAGGCAUUAAUAUAUGUUAAUUGGCAGAUUGUAAGGUGUAAUAGAUAAAAAGAAGUACUAACAAAAAGAGAAUUCACACGUAAAUAUUUUUAAAAUGAUGGAAACAUUGUAAAUUAAGGCUUUGCAAAGUGGAGUAAUUUUUUUUGAAAUUAAUUUGAGCUCAUGUAAUUCAAAUAUUUGGCUCUAUUUUUCUCUCUAUCAUGUUUCGUUAUUGAUGUUUGAAAUGAGUUUUUUUUUGCAAUACAAUCCUGUUAUCGUCGUAUUUUCUUUUUAUCCUUGAAAAAAAAAACCACCAGAUUGAAGAAACAAAAUUUGUCUCAUUUAGGAAGUCUUUUAUAGUUUUGUAGGGUAAAGAAAUUGAAAAAUAAACGAGAUCGAGUCGAUAUGUCAAUUUUUAAUGUGUGUGUGGGAUGAUUUAUUUUAUAAUUCCUUAAUCAAACAUUGUUAGUGUGUAAGAAAAUUUAGGUGUCAAUAAAUAAGUUUGGAUUCUUCCUAAUCAAUUGCAGCUGAUUUAUUUGUGACGCAGGAAUUACAGAAUAUUCCUUGGAAAUUUAAAUGAUUUCAAUCUACAAAAUAAACCGUGUUUUUUUUUUAUUAAUGAGUUUCAAAAUAAUGAAAUAGCAGCGAGACAUCAGAAGAAGUUGCAGAAGGAGAAAGUGAAAAAAAGCAGAAAACACACAAAAAGUAACACUAGAGAAUAAUGAAGAGAAACUAUCUAACUAGUUUAGCAAGAAUACAAUUAUAUAUUUGUAAAAAAAAAAGGAGAAACUAUCAACAGAAAAGUGAAUAGGCAAAAAAUCAUGCGUAUAGCGUUAGGGAAGGUGUAACAAUGUGAAGAUGAUAUAUUUUGAAAUAAUAGCUAUAUGAAUAUUUGUGAUUUUAUUUUUGUAAAAAACAACUUUUUUUUUAUUUAGCUGAAAAUUAAAUAAAAAUGACCGUAAAAUAUUAAUUUCCAACGGUGGAAUUAUGAUUAGUAAAGAAUUAUGAUUUUUAAAAUAUGAUUUCAUUAACGUGUUCUCUCAAUGUAAAUGUAGUAAUAAAUUACAAUUAGAUAAAAAAAAGAAGUACUACAUUACCCACAGAAUAUUUGAAUUAAGGACAAAAGAGGGGCGAAUGGAAGGAAAUUCAGAGAUGAAAAUACUAAAAAAUCGUUCAUAGUUGUGUCUCAUAAGAGAAGCAUAUAAUUAAGAUAAUGCUUGCAAUUGUCCCAUCUAGUUUGAGAGAGAGAGAGUAUACUAAAUAUUAAUAUUACUGACGUGAGCAAAGAAAUAUAUUAGAAAGCAGUAUAAUGUAAAUAAUUUUUUAACAGAUAAGAUUAUAUGUGGUUUCGAAAGAA